UUUGCGUGUAUGCAACCACAAUGUUUUGGUCGAAGCGAACUGAAGUAACAUUAAGUACUUCGUUGAUAUAAUUAAAGUCUUGAUUAGUUCGUGCUGCUAUCAACCAGUCGUAUGAAGAAGUAUCCAUGUGCAAGUGAUGUAACUAAAAGAAAUUUGUAGGUCAGUAAGACCUGUAUGCGCCACAAUACCUCAACCCUUCAAGGUAACAACAAUGGCUCCAAUAACUUUCACGGAAACUGAAUUGAUAGAACAACCGUUACAUAUAAAUGACUACAUUCAAUACAAGCUUCACCACCCAGCGAAGGACACUGGCGAGACCAGAGACAAUGGCACACUGUACCAGAUCAGUCCUUAUGACCAGAUGUUAAAUCCUAAAGAACCCAAAUUCCUUGCGCCACUACGAUGCUUGGAGAAAAGAAUGGGUUUCGUUACUCCCAUUAGAUGGGUCAACACAAUUGCUAUAACAGCAUUCCACAUUAUUGGCGUUUUAUGGUUUUUAAGAUUUGUAUAUUUUAUAGAAAAACCAUUCAAAUGGCAAACUUUAAUAUUCGGCUACCUCGUUGGCCAGGUGGCUGGUUUUGGAGUAACGGGAGGAGCACACCGGUACUGGUGUCAUCGCUCAUACAAAGCUAAACUACCUCUCCAAUGGAUUCUCAUCAUAUGCUACUCAGCGGCUGGUCAGAACACUAUAUACGAGUGGGUUCGGGACCACCGCGUGCAUCACAAGUUUUCGGAAACCACAGCAGACCCACAUGACGCAAACCGAGGCUUCUUGUUCUCGCACGUCGGCUGGCUGAUGAUGAAGAAACACCCAAAUGUGCUAAGACAAGGCGCCAAGCUUGACUUGAGCGACAUCACCAAUGAUCCACUUAUUCAGUUCCAUACCAAAUAUUUCCUGUUAUUCAAGAUAGUCUUCUGCUUUGUCAUACCCUCCGUGAUCCCUGCCCUAUGCUGGGACGAAUGUUGGGAAAUUUCCGUCAUGUCGCAGUCAGUGUUGCGGUACUUAUUAAGCCUCAACUUCACCUGGUCGGUCAACAGCUUCGCGCAUUUGUGGGGCAACAAGCCUUAUGACAAGAACAUAAUGCCAGUAGAAAAUUGGGGUGUCUCAAUAGUGGCUAUGGGCGAAGGCUGGCACAACUACCACCACACUUUCCCUUGGGACUACAAGGCUGCUGAACUUGGAAUACCAAUGAAUUUGACUACAACACUGUUGAAUUACUUCGCGAGUAUCGGAUGGGCGUAUGACUUGAAGGAAGCAUCACCAUCCUUGGUCAGGUCGGUGGCAAAGGCCAGGGGUGAACCACGAGAUGACUAAAUUUUAUCAAAAUACCAGGGGCAGUAAUAUAAUAGAUCAAUACUAGUGGCAUCAGACUUCUAUACUAAAACCAUAGGUUGUAAUUCCUCAGGUAAUUACAGUAUUAGGAACUUACCUACUUAAAAUUAUUAGUCAGAAUCAAACAAUUUUGUAAGUUACUAUGGAGUUUCUACUGUAUACUAAUAAGUACUGAGCAUGUACUUAGGCACUUUAAUUGUAUAAGGGCAAACGUGAUCUUAGGUUAUAAUGUAAUUUUAAGUUUAUUGUUACAUACCUACUUAGUUUAUAAGUGUAACUGUGUAAGUACCUACCUAAUAUCUGUACUAAUAUUAUAAAG